UUCCUCCUGUUGACCUCCAUGUCUUAUGACCGCUAUGCCGCCAUAUGCAGCCCAUUGCAAUAUCAUGCAAUCAUGAACAGCCAGGUCUGCAUCCAGAUGGUACUGGGUUGCUGGCUGGGUGGGUUCCUCUCUGUUCUUAUUCCCAUCAUCAUGAUCAGCAGGCUAUCCUACUGCAAGUCCAAUGUCAUCAACCAUUUCUUUUGUGAUAGUGGCCCACUGCUGGAUCUGUCCUGCAGUGACAUCCAUCUGAUAGAGUUGAUGGACUUUGUGCUGUCUUCUGUUGUUAUCCUCUGCUCGUUGGUCUUAACGCUAGUUUCUUACAUAUGCAUCAUCUCAGCAAUAAUUCACAUCUCCACUGCUUCAAGUCGGGCAAAAGCCUUCAAUACUUGUGCUACACAUCUGACAAUCAUCUCCAUCUCCUGUGGCAUCAGCAUCUUUAUCAUCUUUAUGUAUGUCACACCAUCCCAAAAGGAGACCCUUGAAGUCCAUAAGGUCCCUGCUCUUCUCACCACAAUUGUCUGUCCACUUCUGAACCCUUUCUUCUUCACACUGAAAAAUGAUCUGGUGAAACAGGUCAUAAGAGACAUGCUGAGGAAAAACACAGAGGUGAUUGCUCAUAAAGUUUGGGGUGUGUGGAGGAAGAAGGACCAAAAUAAGUAG